CGUCCAUGAGCCAUGCUUUUCCACGGCAUCUCCGGGGAUCAUAUCCAAGGGAUAAUGGAGGAGAUGGAGAGGAGGUCCAAGACGGAGCCUCGCCUCGUCAAAGGAGUUCACAUCAACGGAAGGGACACGAUCAUGCCCACCGUGAGGCCGGAGAAACCCGCCCUGUGCGCCGGCUGUGGAGGGAAGAUCUCGGACAGGUACUACCUGCUGGCCGUGGACAAGCAGUGGCACCUGAGGUGUCUCAAGUGCUGUGAGUGCAAACUGGCGCUCGAGUCCGAGCUCACGUGCUUCGCCAAGGACGGCAGCAUCUACUGCAAAGAGGACUAUUACAGGAGGUUCUCGGUGCAGAGGUGCGCGCGCUGCCACCUCGGCAUCUCGGCCUCGGAGAUGGUGAUGCGCGCGCGGGACUCCGUGUACCACCUGAGCUGCUUCACGUGCAGCACGUGCGGCAAGACGCUGACCACGGGCGACCACUUCGGCAUGAAGGACAGCCUGGUGUACUGCAGGGCGCACUUCGAGGCCCUGCUCCAGGGGGAGUACCACCCCCAGCUCAACUACACGGACCUGGCGGUGAAAGGAGGAGGCGGCGGCGGCGGAGGCGGCGGUGGCCUGGCGCUGCCCUACUUCAACGGCACGGGCACGGUGCAGAAGGGGCGGCCGAGGAAGAGGAAGAGUCCCGCCAUGGGGGUGGACAUGGGCUCCUACACCUCUGGGUGCAAUGAGAAUGAAACCGAUCACCUGGACCGGGAUCAGCAGCCCUACCCCCCGUCCCAGAAGACCAAGCGCAUGCGGACGUCCUUCAAACACAACCAGCUCCGCACCAUGAAGUCCUACUUUGCUAUUAACCACAACCCCGACGCAAAGGACUUAAAGCAGCUUGCCCAGAAAACUGGGCUCACCAAAAGAGUUCUACAGGGAGAACAAAUCUUGGGGCAUUACAGCCACACCUCCCGACGUUUGAAAAUUCCCUAAAGUAUUAAAAGAAGGAAAACUUUGAUCGGAAUUCCUCACCAUUGAAGACAAAGACAAUUAGGAUAAGACUAAAAGAAAAAAUAUAAAGAAUCUGUUAAGCCAAAAAACGUAAAAACUGACCAUAAAAUGUGUUUCCUGAAUGUUUCAGCCCACCAACGGAGGAGAAACUUCUGUAUUUCUUUUUACUUUUUUGAACUAUUACUAUUGUGAAACAAGACCUGGCUUUCUCUUUGUACUGGAAUGAAGUUCAUAGCAUUACAAAACCCAUUUGUAUAUAUAUAUGCAUAAAUAUGUCAGAGCAACCUGGCAGCAAGAAAAAGGGGCAACUGCAUGAAUUAAAGGAAGCAGACCAUUAAACAACAGAAUUAUUUCCUGUCAAUACUUGUAUAAAGGCGCACCGAUAAUGUACCUCUGCAGCACCUUAAUGAGAAAUUCUUUCUUUUCUUGCAAAUGCAAUUUCAAGAAGCUCUGAAAGCCAGGCAGUAGACCUGCCACAAUAUAAGGAGGCAACCUUAGAGACUGCAAGGUGUGUGCUUCACCACCUAACUGUGCCACAAGAGGAAUUUAAUAAAAGAUGAAAUAAGUCAAAUUUUGCAUGCAGUUUUAAAGUUUGUUAUUUCCAAAAAUUGUAUU